UCAUACGAAUCAUGUAACUGUUCAUUUUACUGAUGAGGAAAGGCCCAGGGAGGUUGUGACUUGCUUGGGUAGCAACAAUGGUGAGCAUCAGAAGUGGGAUUUGAACUUCGGUAAUCUGACUAGUGUUCUUUCCUCUAUACCUUGUUGCUUUAUAAGAUGGACAUCCUUAUUUCAAAAGGGAAAAAAUGUAUGAAAUUAUCUGUAUCUGAAGUAUCUGGUAUAUACAAAUCCUAUUUUAGCAUAUCUGUGUUCUCGUUUAUGUAGAUACUUGAUUGUAACAGGUUGCAGCCCAUCCACACCUUAUCCUGUAAAUCUAUGUUUCUUUCCCUGACACUCCCCUGCCCCCAUCUUUCACUCCUUACAUAGAUAACAUUGAUAAACAUGAUUUGGAUUGCCUGUUUUAUCUGACACUUUUGGAACAUAACCAGACUACCUCAUUUUAAGGGUAUGUAUCUUUAUAAUGCAAUCCUUAAUGUUACUUUUCCAGUACAGCUCUUUAUUGGUAAUAUAUAUUCAUAAUGUCCCACUAUUGCUUUAACAUGACCUGUAAUCUUUGCAGAUUAGUAUUUCAUGAUCCAUAAUCAGAAGCAUCACUGGAAGAAUAUAGAUGUUAAAAAAUAUGGAUCAUUAUUUCAAGGAGAAGGUUAGGAUCAUAAAAAGUGUCUGAUACAAUGUCCCAAAUCCAAUCCAGCUUUUUUGGUUCCCGUUGUUUUAAUUCUGUGUUCAUUGUUCAUCAACAGCGUCUGUCCAGGAUAUAGUACUGACCUAAAGACCAGUUUUUCUGGGUCGUUCCUCAAACUGCACAUCUCAUCUUCUUCCACUUAGUUUUUCUUGUGUGGAUGGUUAGGCCCAGCUUUUUUGAGUGAUUAUGGAUCUCAUUUAGGAAGCUCUGCAGUGCUAUGGGGCUUGAGGCUCCUGUUUCCAGAUGACAUUGUGCUGAUUGCAGCUGGAGGACCUCAGCAUGCACAGAGGAAUUUCUUUUCAAUUUGGACUUUAUCCCGGACAUCCUCCAUGGUGGUGGCAAAUACCUUUGGAGGUAUGGCUUCGAAAGAAUUACCUUCUUGAUUUUAAACACCAUUUUAUGAGUAAUUUUCCUUAUAAUCUACAAGAAAUUAUGAAACAUAAAAGGAAAGAAUCGAACAAAAGCAAAUAUAUGACUCCAUUAAACAACGUAGAUCAUCUUUUGCUGAAUUUAACUUUGUGUGAUAUCAUGGUGUCCCUGGCAAGUACCUCAACGUUGCAGAAAGACUUUGAUUGGAUAGAAAUGAUUAGGAAAUUUGUGACUGAGAGUUUUGAAGAUGGCUACAAGCUAAACAGUAAACAGUUGAACAGAUUGCUUGGGGUGACAUGGCGAUUAAUGCAGAUACAGCCAAACAGAGUGGCAACAGAGGUGCUAAUCAGGGCAGUUUAUACACUUUAUCAACAGAAGAAUCUCCUUGGUUCUGUUCGUUCUUCACUUCUGAACUUUUUUAAUAAUAUCUAUCAGAAAGAAGAAAUGGGUCCUCACAAAAUCAAAAGCCGAAGUAAAGUGUUAUCUCGUUGGCUGGCUAGCUUGCCCUUGCAGCUUGCUCAGCUUGGCAGUAAAAACCCUGAACUCUCAACUCAACUUAUUGAUAUCAUUCAUGCUGCUGCAGCCCGAUCAAAUAAAGAGUUACUAAAUAGUUUGCAAGCUGCAGCUUCUCGGAUCUAUGAUCCACAAGAAGGCACUGUGGUUCUUCUUCCUGCAGCAUCUCAGCAGCGUUUGGUCCAAUUGUUAUAUUUUCUGCCUUGUCUACCUGCUGAUUUACUAUGUCACUUAAGUCAUUGCUGCAUUAUGGGAAGACUCGGUUCAAAUUUGGCUACUGCCCUUAUAAGGAUACUGCAUGUGAGAUCUGCAUUUUCAGGAUGGAAACGUUCUCUGCAAGCAAGUACCAUGAAUGAUGUGGACUAUUUCAGUUUCUUAUUUUCAACCCUUACAGGGUUUUCAGCAAAGGAAAUUUCAUGGAUUCAAAGCAUCCGAGGUAAUCCUCAUAUCAGCCAAACACAGCUCUCACCAGUACUUCUCUACCUAACUGACUGGGAUCACUUUUUACAUCACUGGGAUGUUACAGAGGCAGUGUGUCACAACUUAUCAAUUAUUCCUGCUCGAAGUCAGUGUUUGGAUGUCCUUCAAAGUGCUAUCAGUAAGCAUAUGGCUGGAUUGUCUGUAAUCCCUGAUAGCACUGCUGGAUCUAUUUUGUGUGUUGUGAGUAAGCUCCUGGAUCAAGCUUGUGUACUUACUGAGACAAUAUAUAAGUUUCUAGCGUCUUGCUGUUACAGUCUUCUUCACUUCCUCCUCACUUUAGAAAAAGCGGAUGCAGAGCAUAUGAGAAAGAGGGAUAAAUUAUGGGGAUCCUGUAUUUCCAUAUUGGCCCUUCUACCCCGAGUACUAAGACUGAUACUCCAGAAUCUGCAGAUCAAUAAAAUAUGUCAAGAAGAGUUGCCAAUUGUUGCUCAGCUGAUUCGCUUUCUACUGCAGCAUGCACCACUGAGGGUGCACAUGAUGACAAAUGCCCUUCUGGUACAGCAGAUUAUCAAGGAUAUUAUGACAGUGAAGAGUGGAGGAGCUCAGGAGCAGUGGCUUACAGACCUUCAUUACUGCUUCAAUGUUUACCUGGCCAGCCGCCCCCAGGGCUCUGGGGCAGUUAGCACAGUCUGUUGAAGACACAAUUUUAAACUGUUUACUUCUGUAUUAUUUUGAAAAAACAUUGGAACAAUAUUUGUCAAUAAAGCUGAAAUUUAAAGAAAGCUGCAUGUGUUCCUUUCUUCUACUGUGUUAGUGAAGUGAAAACUUGUAA